AUGCCUAUUGGUCCGACUGCCUGGCGACGAUGGUGUACCCAGAUCCUAUCUGCUCUCAGUUAUCUACAUGCCUGGGAGCCCCCCCUCAUUCAUGGGACACUGACCUGUGACACCAUCUUCAUUCAACACAAUGGUCUCAUCAAGAUCGGAUCAGUCUGGCACAGGAUGUUUGCCAAUGGUCAGGGUAAGGACACAACCGCUCUGGAUAUUUUUGCGUUCGGAAUCUGUGCCUUGGAGGUAAGAAGCUGAGAGGAAUUGUGAGGCAGGUACCAAUCAGAAUCUCAUACACCUCGAUCGAAUCUCCCUCACUGCCCCCUGCUCCAAGGAGAUUCUCCAACCUCACUCAGUAACUGAAGCCCCUCAUCCCUGGAACCAUUCUGGGAAAUCUCUCUGCACCGUCUCAGGGGCCCUCACAUUGAUCAUGAUUUGUUGUUUACACACCCUGGU